AUGGAAUAUUAUGCUAUUGUUAAUUUAUGUGACGCCAUAUUAUCAAGAAGAGAAUCUAAAUUAUCUGGAUUUUGUUUUAAAAUAGAAGCAACUAAUAAGACAAUGUGUUAUAAAUAUGGGUUAUGUGGAGAAAAGUUAUCAAGAUAUCAUGACAAUAUAUUAGUCUUUAGAGAUGAAAAUAUUUCUCGUGGUAAAGAAUGGUAUAGUCAAUUUGAAAAUGCUUUUGCUUUAGCAUAUACUAAAUAUAAUAAUCCUUCUGCACAUAUUGAAAAUAAAACUCCUAUUCAAAGCCCAAAAAUUGUAGCUGAACCAAAUGUAAAUCCUAAUUCAUCAGAACCUGUUACAAUAAAAGAAGCAAGUUCUUCUUCUGAUAUAGAAGAUAUAGCUGAUGUUGAUUCAUUGUUAGAUAAAAAGUCGACAUCUCAUUAUGUGUUAGCACAAAAUACUUUAAAAGAAUUCUUUGAUGCUACUGAAGAAGGUAAAUCAAUUAUUUGGGAUUUAUUAAAACAACUAAGACCAGGAAUGGACCUUGUAGACGCUAAGAUAACUAAAAAUGGGGAGGAAGUUUAUAAAAUAUGGGGAAAUUAUUAUAAAGAACUAUUUUAUUGUGGUAAAGACAAAGUAAAGAAAAGUUUAUUAAAGAUUGAUGACAUUAAGGGAAAGAGUGUACCAAGAUAUACCAUUGAUAUGAAUCAACAAGGAGAAUGGGAAAGUGACAAACUCUGGAAAAAAGUAACAGACGCAAUUUAUAAAGGAGACCAAAUAACUGCUACUGAAGAAAAAUGUAAGAAUGAAGAAAAACAAAGAAAUAUGGAAAGUGAAUAUCUAUCUACUGGAACAGUUCAUAUUCCAAAAUAUUUUGUGAGAGAUUCAUUUCUUGGAUGGAAUCCAAUAAUAACAAAUAAAGAAUCAAACCAAUUAAUAGAAUUGAAGAAUGAACUUGAAACACUUAGAAAUCAACUCCAAUAUUCAAUUGACUCUAUUCAAUCAUCUACUUCUCAAUAUAUUCAUAAACAAAUUGAGCCAUUACAAAGAAGACUGUUAAUUGUAAUUCUUAUGAACAAUUCAAUUGGUAGUUCAUUUGAAUUAGUGGCAAUUAAACCAAUGUCAGAUAAAGUAUUUGUUGAUGCAUGUACUUCAUUUCAAAUUGAUUUAAUAACAUUUAAUUAUCCUGAACAACUUCCAUUUAGAUUCCAUGUUCCUACAUUAAGAACAGCAAUGAAUCGAGGGUUGUUUUUUGAAAUAAAUUUAUCUCCAUUACUUGAAGAAUCUGACCAAAAACAAAAACAAUUUUGUAUUUUAAAUGCUACUGAUCUUAUUACAUCUACAAAAGGAAAAAAUAUUAUUUUAUCAAGUGGUGCAACAACAAACAAUGGAUUUAAAGGUACAAAAGAUCUUAUUGCUAUGGGAAUAAUGUUAGGACUAACUACAUCACAAGCAUAUGAUGCUGUUUAUGUUAAUCCAAUGAAAUGCAUUACAAGAUCACGUAGAAGAUUUCCUAUUAAUUCAAUGAUAUCAAUAGAAUAA